GGAAUAAGUUUUUACGAGGAAGCAAGUUGAGUCAACAUCAAACAGGCGUUACCACUAUUAUAAUAUUUGACCGUCUUCCAGAAAGCAAAUCAUCGCUAAUCAACAUGAAACAUUCAAAGUUUCUCAUUCUCUCAGUAGUUUUAGUUUUUCAUCUGCAAAAAAUUUCUGCUCACGGAAGAUUAAUGGACCCUAUCAAUAGGUCCAGUAUGUGGAGGAGGGGAUACAAAACACCAAUUAAUUACAACGACAAUGAAAAUUUUUGCGGUGGAUUCUUUG